CAAUAUUUUUAAUAUUAAAAAAUUAAUUCUACAAUCCUACACCAUAUAAAAAGUUGAAAAUUAGCGGAUGUUUGAACCAUUAUGUAUUUAUAUAUUUAAUUAUUAAUUUGUUAUUGGUAAAUACCAAUAUUAUACAUAAAUAUUUUGCGAUUGGAAUGCCAAAUUUAUUUUGGGAUUGAAAUUAAUUAUUGUCAUUAUUUGCGAUUUUACUAUUCGAUAUUGCGAUAUCAAUAGUAUACCGAUUUCCAUCUAUGAAAUUAGGAUAUUUAAAGAAACAUGUGGGACAGUGGGAGUUACAAAAUGAAUAAAAUAACUAUACGUGUGUUUGAUUUAUAUAGCCGAGGAGUAAAAUUUUGAAUAUAUAAAUUAUAGUUUUAUAUAUAAAAAAGUAAAAGAUGAAAAUUUAACCCAAAGAAUGUGUUAAUUUUUACAAAAGAAAUUUUUAAUCAACUGCAAAAGUUCGAAUUAGGAGCUUUGUUAGUCUUCCCAUCCCAUGUAGCCAUCAUGCAGUCAGAAAAAGAGCAUAGAUAUGUGUAAACAUUGAAAACAAUAACAAUAGAACGACUAAAAAACUAAACGUGACAACCUGACAUGACACGUAGCGAUAAAAACACAUACACUAAAUGUACCGAAACAGAUCAAGUAGCACGAACCGAACUUGAAAAUCGACAUUUGAUAUCCUCAAGAGUUAUCAAUAAGAGUUUGCUGCCUAACAAAAUUAUUGGCCGCCUCCAUAUUUGGUAAAGGUCAACUCAAUCUGCUCCCUUACGGUACCCAAGCCGGCCAAAUCUUGGACUCAAGAAAUUGCAAGUUGCAAUCUUAAUUAGACAAAGGAAAGGAGAAGGAAAACACAGAGAAGAGGGUAAGUCGUAAUUUGCCGAACCCUAGAUUUGGGCAGCAUUCUAGUACCCAAAAGGGGGAAAAAGCCUCGAAUUGAGACAACAACACCAACACGAGCCGCUUUAUUAAGCUGUGGUGUUGUCUGAAUUUGGUCCAUGUGCAUUUCAUUUACUGUUCACCUUAAAUUAUCAAAACAGAAAUAACAACCCCCUCUUUUUUUCAUUUGUUUGUUUGUUAUUUUUUUUUUUGGUGUAAUUUACUAAUUUGCCUUCCCCAAACCCUACUCAGCCAGCCCAAUUUAUUUAUUUAUUUAUUUUCGUUUUGCUGCAUUGGUAUAUUCGGAUAUAAAUAUUGGGGGCUGAGAGGGGGGAAUUGGCCUCUGCUGCAUACUACAGUGACUCACUUUCAAAACUGUGGCUCUCGACCACGCCACCACUUCAAGCGCCACGAUGAGCCCUCCUAACUCCAUGGCUAACGCCAAUGGCGACGGCAAUGGCGUGUUGAUGAAUGGGGGCAGGGUGGAUUUCGAUCCCAGCGAGGCGCCUCCCUUCAAGAUUGCCGACAUCCGCGCUGCAAUCCCGCCGCAUUGCUGGGUCAAGAACCCAUGGAGGUCGAUGAGCUACGUCCUCAGGGACGCCAUCGUCGUGCUCGGCUUCGCCUUCGCCGCCGCGAAGCUCGACAAUUGGGCUCUCUGGCCGCUCUACUGGGUCGCUCAGGGGACCAUGUUCUGGGCAAUCUUCGUCCUCGGGCACGAUUGCGGACAUGGGAGUUUCUCGGAUAGCAGGAUGCUGAACAAUGUGGUGGGGCAUAUCCUGCAUUCCUCAAUCCUUGUACCUUACCACGGAUGGAGGAUUAGCCACAAGACCCACCACCAGAACCAUGGCAAUGUUGAGAAAGAUGAAUCCUGGGUUCCGCUGCCAGAGAAAGUGUACAAGGAGCUGGACACAAGCACCAAGUUCAUGAGGUUCACUAUCCCUCUCCCGAUGUUCGCUUACCCUGUCUACUUGUGGAGAAGAAGCCCAGGGAAGAAAGGGUCCCAUUUCAAUCCCUACAGUGACUUGUUCGCCCCACAUGAGAGGCAAGCCGUCUUAAUUUCCACCCUCUGCUGGACAUCCAUGGUCCUACUCCUCCUCUACUCCUCUUUUCUCUUUGGCUUCCUUCCUGUCCUCAAGAUCUAUGGCCUCCCUUACCUCAUAUUUGUGGCGUGGCUGGACAUGGUGACAUACCUUCACCACCACGGGUACGAGCAGAAGCUGCCAUGGUACCGAGGGAAAGAGUGGAGCUACCUGCGUGGAGGGCUCACAACCGUUGAUCGAGACUACGGGAUCAUCAACAACAUCCACCACGACAUUGGCACCCAUGUCAUUCACCACCUCUUCCCUCAGAUCCCACACUACCACCUCAUAGAAGCGACAAAGGCGGCGAAGCCGGUGCUGGGGAAGUACUACAGAGAGCCAAAGAAGUCAGGGGCAUUCCCAUGGCAUCUGUUCGGCUACUUGGUGAGAUCCCUUGGAGAAGAUCACUAUGUCAGCGACACAGGGGAGGUUGUCUUCUAUCAGUCAGACCCUGAGAUCUUCACAUUCUCCAAGCCCAACAACGCCAAGCCCAAAUCCAACUGAUGAGUCCCUCCUCUUCAGAGUCAAGAUGAAGGAGAGUGAGACUCUCACUCCACCUCACCAAUGUAGUUUAAAAACGAUGUCAUAAAAUGUAAAAACGUACGUUUUUUACGUUUUAGACUAGGCCAAACCCAUCAGUUUCUACAUAAAAACGUUUUGUGUGCAAAAAACGUCAAAGAAUGCAAUAAAACGUACGUUCUUUUACGCUUCUGAACAACAUCCAAAAUUGCUGAUCAGCAGCUAAAUCGACGCCUUUUUCUUCCUGUAUUAACGUCUCAACGACCACCGACUCUCUACCUUCAGAGGGUCUGGGGUUAAUAUUGAAUCCUCAUGGUGGCAGCAUUACACGCGUAAAAAUGCACAUUUGACUACAUUGCACUGCACUAGUCACUAGCUAGUAGCUACUACUCAACCAAAAAACACAACCAAUAAAGAGGCCUAAAGAGAAAAUUUGUUCCUCUCUCUCUCUCUUCAUUGAAGUAUACGUAUAAUUGAGGCAAUUGUAAAAGCAGUUAAACAAAAAGAAGAAAAUACAGACGUUUAAGGUAGUAAGUAGUUGUUGCAUUGUUUCAUGAUUAAUGCUGAAACCGAAAGGACAGAAAAGAACAGAGAAGUUGUGGACUUUUUGUCUAUUCUCUUGGUGCUUGCAUUAACUGGUUUCACUGUCUGUUGAUCUAACUUGUAUACAAACUAGAAAUUCGUAUUUGUAAAAUCGUAUUGUAUUGGCAGUCCGACCAAGAAAGUCACACAGGGGCGGACCCAGGGAGGUUUGGGGGUGUCCCCGGACACCCCUAAAUUUUGAAAAAAUGAUUAUCCAACUUCCGGUGGUAAUUUACGUAUAGAAAAAAAUUAUAAUUAAUAGUCCGGGACACCCUAAAAUUUGAAAAAAAUCAUUAUACUACUCUCGUUUGUAGUUUGCGCAUAGGAAUAUAAGUGGUAGUUUGGGUAAUUCAAACCCGGGACACUACUAUUAUUAAUAAAUAUAAUUUUCAUUAGGCUACAAAAAUUUUUGUGGUUCUAUUCUAAACACUGUGUAAUAGCAAAAUUGUAGGAAACAUAAAUAUUGGGGUGGUUAGGAAGUUAGGCAGCCGAUUAGUGCCAAGUAGAUUAGUAGGGUAUCAUUAGGUUUUUGGGCUUAUUUCCCUAUAAAUAUGUAUUUGAGUCAUUGCGUUGGAUUUGGUCAGAAAUCAGUAAUCAAACCCUAUUCAGUUUAUCCCUCUUCUUCUCCUAAUCCCUAAUUCCCAAUUCUAUUCUUCCUAUCUCAAUUUCCCAAUUAUUCUUCUCAAAAUCCCUAAUUAUUUCUCUCAAUUCCUAAAUCUCUUUCUAAUCUAUCUGGCUACAUUUAUCACAAGUUACCGCAUAAUCAUAGUUCCUUCAAAAACCCUAGUCUCUAUCUUUAAUUAUUUUCAAAACCUAACACUUAAUCUAAUUACAAGCUACCCUUAAUUUAUGGGUGUACGACAAGUGUUGAAAGUGUCUUUUCAGCUUUGAGUUACACCAAGAACAAAUUUAGAAGUCGAAU